AGGAUGGAGCUGAACCCCAAAGAUGCUGGCAGGGACACUCUGACUCAUUAAGACAGACUGAGUGUCAGCAGAGAGAGAAGACAUCGGCUUCUGAGGCCUCAUCCCAGAGGAAUUCCCAGCUGUGUUGCUCAAGGCAUCACCUGGCCAAAUGGAGAUCACCCUGGGAGUCAUGGAGGAGAAUGCCACCAACAUCUCCACUGGCUUCCUUUCCGUGCUUGACCCCCACGGAGCCCAGGCUGCUGCCUUCCCAUUUAACUUCAGCUAUGGUGACUAUGAUAUGCCCUUGGAUGAAGAUGAGGAUGUAACCAAUUCUCUGACUUUUUUUGCUGCCAAGAUUGUCAUUGGCAUGGCCCUGGUGGGCAUCAUGCUGGUCUGUGGCAUUGGCAACUUCAUCUUCAUUGCUGCCCUGGCCCGCUACAAAAAGCUUCGCAACCUCACCAACCUACUCAUUGCCAACCUGGCCAUCUCUGAUUUCCUGGUGGCCAUUGUCUGCUGCCCCUUUGAGAUGGACUACUACGUGGUGCGCCAGCUCUCCUGGGAGCAUGGCCACAUCCUGUGCGCCUCUGUCAACUACCUGCGUACUGUCUCUCUCUACGUCUCCACCAAUGCUUUGCUGGCUAUCGCCAUCGACAGAUACCUGGUCAUCGUCCACCCGCUGCGGCCCCGGAUGAAGUAUCAGACAGCCACGGGCUGGAUCGCCCUGGUGUGGGCGGUGUCCGUCCUCAUCGCCAUCCCCUCCGCCUACUUCACAACGGAAACGGUUCUCAUCAUCGUCAGGAACCAGAGGAAGAUCUUCUGCGGCCAGAUCUGGCCGGUGGACCAGCAGCUCUACUACAAGUCCUACUUCCUCUUCAUCCUCGGCCUGGAGUUCGUGGGCCCCGUGGCCGUCAUGACGCUGUGCUACGCCCGCAUCUCGCGGGAACUCUGGUUCAAGGCCGUCCCCGGUUUCCAGACGGAGCAGAUCCGGAAGCGGCUGCGCUGCCGCCGGAAGACGGUGCUGGUGCUCAUGGGCAUCCUCACCGCCUACGUGCUGUGCUGGGCCCCCUUCUACGGCUUCACCGUGGUGCGCGACUUCUUCCCCGCCGUGUUCGUGAAGGAGAAGCACUACCUCACGGCCUUCUACAUCGUCGAGUGCAUCGCCAUGAGCAACAGCAUGAUCAACACCCUGUGCUUCGUGACGGUCAAGAACAACACCAUCAAGUACCUCAAGAGGAUCGUGCAGCUCCAUUGGAAGUCAUCCUCCAACGGCAGCAAGUCCAGCGCGGACCUCGAUCUCAAAACCGCGGGGGUGCCUGCCACCGAAGAGGUGGACUGCAUCAGGCUGAAGUAACCCGAGGGGCCUUUAAACGUGUGAACGGGCCUUUGGGACACUGACCCGUGUACUUGGAUGCACACCGUCAACCCCAAGAACUCUUGGUUUGCCGCCGAGGGCCGAGUACCUGGACGACUAUGUGAGCAUGGUGUCCCAGGGGCGCAGAUUUUCUAACACUCGUGUGAUUAGACACCAUCACCAGUGGCUGACGUUCACUGAACGUCUCCUCUGUGCAAAGAGGAGGCACUGGUAAAAGCCGUAGAUGUUGAUGACACUGAAUGGCCCCAAAGAAGUAGGGGUUAAACCAAGAAAAAAAUCUGAGCAUGGACAGCCUGGAGUAAGGCGGCUGCAGAGGGGACCUGAGUAGGCAUCUGGACUGUGGUACAUGCGUUUUUGGGGGUGAGGGUCUCUCUGGACAAUCUCGGCGACUCAUCAGACACUGAUGUAACCCAUUUCUACAGCUAUCUUUAGGCUGGACUUCACUCCUGACGUUUGCGCGGUUGGAGUAAGAAUACAGACAGCCUCCCAGUUCUUUCCUCAGCCCUUCUCUUCUCACUCCUGGUCCCCACGCUCACUGUGAGGAGCCUUACACGCAUGCUUAUGGACACCAUAGUAUACAUGGCAAGUUCUAUCCAGACCCUCUUGCCCCAUGUUGCCUUAUGGCGGUGUCUCAGGCUCAAGGCCCAUAUGUAGUGAAGCUCAUGAUUAUAAGGAUGGAUCCUGGGAAGAGGCCGCAGAGACCCUGGAGACUAUGGGGACAGGGAAUUAUGAGGCCUGGGUACCUGGAGCAAGAGGGGUACAGCAAGGCUCAGGAUGGGUAUGUCCCCUUGGAUCCAUGGCCUUCUCUCCCUCAAUGGGAGGGGUCCAGGCAGAGGACCCCUGAAAGUGUGGGGGGCUCAGGGAAGGGGUCCAGGGUCUCUUGGUCUUAGGGUGAUAUUGCUUCCACCUCUCAGUUAUUCUGAUUUGGACCAGUUAGACUUCUCCUUAUGUCCUUCUCAUGUCUCCAUGCUUGUGACGCAUAGACUGUUUGAAAGGAGACACACACCUCAUGAAUAUGGCUGUCUGCCAUUUUUUUUCAUUCACACCAGCUUUCACCCUUACUGGCACGAUUUAAGGGCAAGAUGUCUUUGUCCCUGGUGCCUGAAUCCCAUCACAGGCAUUAUGGAUUAAAACUUGAUGCUCUUUUUAAAAUGGAGGUACUUUCUGGAGGCGUAACCCAUCCCAUUUCCAUUCCUCAGUGCACAUGAAGUCAUGCAAUCCAGUGGCAGGUGAUGAAGCUCAGUGGUAGGGCCCCGGGUACCUAGGAAAGAAAGGGACAUACAAAUGGUGGCGAGGGGGAGGGUCAGCUGACAAUGAGCUUCAGUGAGUCUACGGGCUCCCUGAGCGCUUGUCCCACUUUCCAAUCACCUCCUUAGUUCGGUGUUUUGAAUAUUGGAAUGUGGAGUUUUUGAACCAAAAGAUCUGAUCCAGCCUUGGCUCUGUCACCUCUGUGACCCUGGGUAAAGCCUCUUGCAGGGGAUGAAGGUAGCUACUGAGGAGGUGGUUGUGAAUAGCCAAUGAGAUAAUAGGUGGAAAAACUCUUCAACCACACAACUAAUUAAAAGCGAGGCUAAUAACUGUGUGUAAUGUGCCUGGACAUGGGAAAACUUGUAAGCUCGACUUAUGUAUCUAGAAACCUCACCACCUUCCCCUUUCGCUAUCCUUUGUAUAAAUUGUUCCCUCACACCUCUCAGCAGUGCUGUAUGCAUCAUGUUCUUAAUAAGUUGGUACAAGAAGGCAGUGAAAGCUGGUGGCGGAAGUAUAAAAGGACAUGGUAGAUCGGUUUCCAGUCAGAAGACAAGCUCAGGGUUUUAGAAUAAAAGCAUCUUUGUGAUCAUGGAAGUGCUGACCAUCUUCCUAUGCCUGUUCCCCAGCCAGCAUGAAUCUGGGCAAUGUGGUAUUUGUUUCUCAGUCUAUUUUUUAUUUUCAUGAGGCUGUAUAGCUAUAGAAUGGACUUGUCCUUUUCUUCUUCAAUAAUUCUAGAGCAACACAUUUAUAAUGCUAUUUAAGUGAAACCUGUGUUGUGCAUCUCCCCCUCCAAAAUAGUCAACUCUUAAUUUUUCGUAGCAAAGUUUAUUAUUUAUAGUCAUGUUAUUUCUCUGGAAGAUACAUUCUAAAAAGCUAUUAUUUUUCCAUUCAUCAUCCAGCAUAUUUAUCCUACUGUUUAAUCAGAAUACUCUCGGAGAAAAAAGAAACUAAUUAAAAUGCCAGCCUAAAUCCAAUAUGCCUUGGAAGGCAAUCCUUACUUUUUAUGAAAUCACAUAUUGCAUUAUUAAAUCAGGAAAGUUAGUUUUUACACUAAAAGUAAUAAAAUUAUAUCAUUUGUUGUCAGUAUGUUCACCUUUCCAUUAAGAAUGCUAAACAGCAGUUAUCUGUAUUAAAUAGGAACUUUUUAGAUGUGACAACCAAACCUCUUUUGGCUUUUCAGCCUAAAAUGUACGUUUAAAAAAAACACUCAUUUACCUGUAAUAUUUCUAGAUAUUGUAUCUGAUUGUGAUUUUACAGUGAAUGAAAUUGUUGUGUAGUUAUCAAGUAAAUAAAAAAU